ACUAUUACCAGGUCUUUUGAAUCGAAUCGAAUCGAAUCAUUCGACUGAUUCGACUUCAAUACGAUCGAGAUUGAUCAUUCGCAACGGUGAGUAAAACUCCGAACGGAUGACACAGAUGACAGCUCAGAUGACAUGGUAAACCACGGUAACUGAGGCAAUUAUGGAUUGCUUGCCGCCAGUAGCAAAGCCCUUUCUAGCUUUCGGCAACUCCAGAGAAGGAGCAAACUUACUUGAAGAAGAAAUUUUAAAAGGCAAACACAUCACUCGAUUUUUUAGUUCACGUGUUACUACUGCACGUAUCGGUACCGAAGCUUUGCAAACCAAGUGGUGUGUGAGAGUGGCUGUGUGAGCUGUGUGCGGAUCUUUGUUGCAAUCGCUAGAAGGUUGUUGGUCAACAUACCUAUCUAGUAGAGAGAUAUUGCCUCCCUCCUUUCCAAUAGGCUCGAUGAUAGCAAAGAUUCCUCACUGUUGACAACUUGGCAACGAAAGCCUAACGACCAUGGAAAAAAAUUUCGAAACAAAAAAACAGGGCGAAUGCAACCCGAAGGCAGCAAAUCUCGAUCUCGGAAGCUCUGGGCAAGAGGACGCGGACAUUGAGAAGGUGGAGGAGGCCGUCGCAUCCUCGUGUCAAACUAAUGCGGGGCGAGAGCGUGGAGAUGAGCCAGAGCUCGAACCCAAAGCAGCAAAGGAGAAAGCAGAACAAGGGGCGGCUGCUCUACAUAGCAACCUGGAACUAGACCAAGGGGACACGUAUAAUGAUUUAGCUGCUAAGAGCGUGGCGUGUGAGACUGACGAUGUUCCUCCUUCUGCCGAUGGGCCCUCAAAGACUGAUGCAGUCAAUGGAAAAUCACAUUUGGUUCAAACCUGGCGUGAGGGAUUAGAGACUAGCAUGCAUCCAGCAACAACCGAAAUCCAAUCAGAUGACGAGAUUAUGGGUGCCAAACCUGAACCGCUGCCACUGACAGAGCUGUACCCUCAAGCAGCUUUGCAACAACAGAGUACCCCUGGGGCGUUCGCAGUGGGUGGACCUCCAUUGAGCGGAGUCGGACAAGAACAAUUGCGAUCAAGACAAGCACGCCCAGAAGUCGGACCUCAACAAAGACCCUCUAUGGAUAGCCAGUCACCAAGGCCCACAACUGGUGUGACAGCACCACAGGGUUUGGAGUCAGUGCUCUCAGUAGCAAAUCCGGUAGAUGAAGCAAGUAGCCACCCAGAAUUGCUACCCCAGGCUCAAGCCUUGGAUUUGGAGGGUAGAAACAGACAUGAAACUCAACAAACAGAGCAACAAAGGAAACACAUUAUUGUGGGGGCAUGCCUUUUUGUUCUCCUCGUUAUCAGUGCUGUUUCCGUGACAGUUAUGGUGUCGCAAAAGGAAGACUCAAAUUACAAGGGUACUCUGUCGGCUCCAAUGACUAUGCUGAGAGGAACAACUGGCAGUCCAUCCCAGGCUCCAUCAUCUGUAACUGGUGGUGCUCAUCACCUAGUCUCACUGUUGCCGGAGGGGACACAGUUGGCACUUGAAGACACAAAUUCUCCACAAUCCCAGGCCUACUAUUGGCUCAUGGGUGACAGAAACCUUCCUUUCCUCACUGAUGACCGCAUCAAGCAACGGUUCACUCUCGCAGCCAUUUAUUUUGCAACCAAUGGAGACGAUUGGACUGACAAUACCAACUGGCUCCGUUACAAUGUUCAUGAGUGUGAAUGGUACAACCAACCAUCCUUUGGUUUGAAACACGUGCUGGCCCAGUUGUAUCCAGAUUACCUCGUUGGGUUUCAUGAGGUAACCCCCGCAAUUUGCAAUGAUGAUGGAAUCUACCACCACUUGUGGCUAGACCAAAACCACCUAGUUGGUUCCCUACCCCAUGAGUUGUACUUGCUGACCUCUCUACAAACCUUCUCUGCUGUAUUCAAUGAGCUGGAGGGGGGGAUCUCAAGUCAAAUUGGGCUCUUGACCAAUCUGGAGGGGAUGGAUCUUGCCUUCUCCUUUCAAAAAGCCGGUACAAUACCAUCUGAAAUAGGCAUGGCAACAAGUUUACGAGUCCUUGGACUCGUAUCAAAUGGCCUCGAGGGUUCCAUUCCAAGUGAACUAUGGCUUCUGACCAAACUGGAAGGGUUUCUAGGUCUAUCACAGAAUCCACAAUUGGAAGGUAUUCUUCCUACAGAAAUUGGUCAAUUCUCCAAUUUGAAGGUGCUGAACCUGGAGGACUGUGGUCUCAGAGGGACACUUCCUUCUGAGCUGGGCCAAAUGGACUCUCUGGAGUGGCUCUUCGUUCCUCGAAAUGGCAUUAAUGGUACUAUCCCCACAGAGCUAGGGUUGCUUCACCAGAAUCUAUCAGUUCUUUCCCUCUUGGAAAACAAUCUAACCGGAUCACUACCAAGCCAGCUAGGGGAAUUGACAUCAUCUACUGCAGUCAGCGUCCACAACAACCAGUUAACAGGGACCCUCCCAAGCGAGUUUGGAAAGCUGACAUCACUUACCUUGGGACUCACUUUCCAUAGCAAUCAGCUUACAGGGACUCUGCCAACAGAGCUCUCCAGCAUACUCUCCCUGCAAAAUCUACAGUUCCAAAACAACAGAUUCAUAGGCCAGAUUCCCAGUGAGUUUGGUCUCCUUACCUCACUCAGCUGGCUGGAAAUGGCAAACAAUUCCUUGUCUGGAAUUGUACCUCAAGAGCUGUCAGCACUGCAGCAAUCCAUCCACACAUUGACACUACAAGACAACCCUCUUUUGUCUGGAAGCCUACCAGAUUCACUUUGCCAAACCAAUGGAACUUGCACCAGCAAUAUCUUGUUUCAGUGUGAAGGCAGCUAUGGCUUGUCCUUUGACUGCACAGACAUUUUGUGCGGUUGUGGCUGCGACUGUGGAACCAUUGGAGCAAACAGCACCCAAUGACAUCUCCCUUACUUUCCUGACUGCCCUGCAUGAACAGAGUCGCAGUUGAUAAUAGCUAGCUAGCUGCUUUGAUACCUCU